CGUAUUAAAUUUUUACAAACAUCUACUGAAGAAAAUUAAGUUUUAGUUUUCUUUCGGUAUUUAAAUUUUGUGCUGAUAAAAAAAAGUAUUUUCUUUUUAUAUAAACUUUGAUAUAAAAAGACGAAUUAGAAAGAAACAAAAGACACAUACAAAAUUUAAACUACAACGCAAUUUUAUUUUUGCAUUUAUCUUACGUUUCCUGUUCUUUUUUCCCCAAAAAAGUACCGAAUAAAAAGAAAAAAAACCAACAACAAAAUUAUCCUACUCUUGAAAAAGAGUGCACAGAAAACUCAAUAAAACAACAACAACAAUAUUCAGUUUUUCUCAUAGUCUUCUUAAAGCACACACAGGCACUCAUCAUAGAGGAGGCAGAAAGAUUGACGAAUGCACUUUUUCUGUAAAGAAAAAUUAACAAAGUGCAUUCAAAAAAAAAAAAAAAUUGUGUAAAAAAUCUCUUCCUAACGUUGUCAUAUUUAUUUUGACAACCGGUAGUACAAAAAUUGAUUAAUUUGUAAAAUUGUUAAACCAAUCGAUAAAUUCUCUGCACAAGAAAUUUUGUCGGAGUGUGGACACAAAGUUUUAAAACUGGAUUUCUAAAAACCCUUGUACUAAAAAAGGUUAGACGAAGUAAAAGUAAACUGAUUUCUUAAACAAAUCUUGCUUUACUUGCUCUGCUCUACCUUUUGUAUAUAAAUCGUAAAAAAAAGCACAAAACCCAAUUAGAAUUAGCGCAUUUGUUUGCUACAGCACCUGCUUAAUAAUACAAAAAGUACAACUUGUUUCCAUAAGUUUAUCCUAAAGCAACAAAUAAAGAACAGAAACUAUCAGUUCAAGCAUAAAAUGGAGGUAGAAACUGCACGUCAAAACGGUUAUGCCGGCAGUAGUGAUGGUUCACGCGAAAGCUCCGUUGAACGUGAGCUUAAUGGUGAUAUAAAGGCUGUGGAGCUUAAUGGCAGCUCGGGUUCGCCCAGGGGUCAAAAUGGUUUGAUGAAGAAACCCCAUAGCGUAGCUGAUAGCCAUGAUGUACGUAUUAAGCGUAAAGCUAAACGUCUUAUACAGCGACAAAAUAGUCGUGGUGAAAGCAAUGGCGCUGCUGGGCUGCCUGCUGCUAUGAAUGGUCAUGCCAAAGAUUACAUUGUACCCCAUCGUCGUUGGAAGAAUAGUCGUCGUUCACGUGGCGCUUAUGGACGUGGCUUACCCAAAAAGGGUGGUGCUGGCGGCAAAGGUGUCUGGGGUCUACCCGGCUCUGAGGCUUUGGAGGAAUUGUACGAAGAUGAAAACGAUCCCAACUAUGAUAGUGAAACUAAUGAUCAGAAUAUUGUUUUAACUGAAGUCAUUCCGGAACUAACCCCCGAAGAGUUUUUCAAAUUGGCUGAGCCUAUUGUUUUGGAAUACUACGAGCAUGGUGAUACCCAUGAGGUGGCUGUUAAUUUAGAUGAGAUCCUAACUGGAUUUUUGCGUCCUUAUGUUACCAGUGUUAUAGUGGAAAUUGCAUUGGAUCACAAAGAUUCUCAGCGUGAAAUGACUUCGGUCUUAAUAUCCGAUCUCUAUGGACGUGUCAUAACGGGCAGGGAUAUUGAGAAGGGUUUCGAAAUACUAUUGGAGAAUUUGCCCGACCUAACUUUGGACACACCUGAAGCACCCACUAUAUUGGGCAACUUUUUAGCCCGUGGCGUGGCCGACGAUUGUAUUCCACCGAAAUUCAUCACAAAACCUGGAGAUCAUGGUGAAUUAAAUGAGCAUGCCAUGACCGCUAUACGCCGUGCCGACACCCUGUUGCACAUGAAACAGGGUUGGGCUCACUUGGACAAUGUCUGGGGCAUGGGCGGUCCAUUGCGUCCAGUCAAAACUAUAACUAAGCAAAUGACUUUGCUACUUAAAGAGUAUUUGUCAUCACGUGAUAUACAAGAGGCUCAUCGUUGCCUACGUGCCCUUGAAGUUCCUCAUUUCCAUCAUGAAUUGGUUUACGAGUCUGUAGUCAUGACUCUCGAAUCAUUGUCGCAAACUACCGAGGAGGCAAUGUGUGAAUUGUUGGCAUCAUUGGAUAAAGCUUGUUUGGUACUUCCAGCUGGUAUGGAACAGGGUUUCAUGCGAGUUUUUGAUGAUAUGGCUGAUAUUGUUUUGGAUGUGCCACUUGCUUAUAUUAUAUUAGAUCGUUUUGUGGAACGUUGCAAUCGUGCUGGUUUUAUAACUGAUAAGAUUUUAAGUAACAUGCCGUCUAGAGGACGUAAACGUUUUGUCUCCGAAGGAGAUGGUGGCCAUAUUAAACCACCAACUUUGCCAAUUCGUGACUAAAUCCUUUUUUCUUCUUUUUGUGUAAGCUGAUGUUAUUAAAUGUAAAACAGCAACAAGUUAAUAAUGAAGCAUUUUUUAAAUACAAAACACAGCAACUACAAACAAACAAAUCAAUCAACCAACAUCAUCUAUCAACAUUUUUUAUUGACCACUUGGAAAAAUUUUACUUAUUAAUACAACAACAACAAACUACAAAUAAGCUACAACAACUUUAUAUAAUGGAUGCAUCUCAUAAGAAGAAACAACACAAAACAAACUAUUCUAUUUUAGAAACCCAACACAAUUGGAAAUUUUAUAUAUGGUAGACAUUUUUAAGCCCAAAAAAAGAAGGCCAAAUUGCAAGUCAAAAAUAAUUCAACCUACUAAACAUUUUACAAAGAAAAAAAAUCGCAAGAAAAACAAACAAACAAAAAAAAUUAUAAUCCUUAAAAAUUUAAAACACAAUCAUUAAGAAAUUGAUCUCUAUUUAAAUGUUUUGUUUAAUUUUUUUCCUUUUUGUGUGCAACAAUAGAAAAAAGCCAGCAACAUUUAACAAUAAUAACAACACAAUUCCUACCAACAAAAAUAGCAAAAAACUCCUAAUUAAUUAAAAAAAACACAGUUAAGACCAUGAAAAUUAAGACAACAAAACAAAAAAAAAAAACGUUAAAAACUAUAAAAAAAUUUGAAACGUUUUUCAUAUAUAAAACUAAACUUUACUUACUACUUAUUCGAAAUGGUUUAAAUAUUUUAAACUAUUUUAUAACAUUUUCUUUUGUUUUAAAUCAUAUACUUUUUAUCUAUAAAUGUAUUACUUUGCUGCAUCAAAAAGUUAAAAGAAAAACAAAAAUAAUUAAUAAUUGUACUAAUAAUCAUAUUUCAUUCAACAAAAAACAAAAAAACUCAUCAACAAAUAUUUAUCAUUGCAAACAACAAUUUUAAAAAUUCAUUCAAAUUAUAAAAAUUAUCAUCCCAACAAAAAAAGAAAGUAAAUCUUAAAACUGUAAUCAUCAAUCCCUUAUUUUUAAUUUUAAGUCACUUUCGAACAUUUUGUUUGUAAUUUUAAGUAUGUACUUUUUUUUAUAUAAUUUCAAAAAUGGAAAAAAUACAGAUUUCAUAAAUUUUGCAUAUUUUUCCAACUUGUUUUAUUACAAAGUUUUCUUAGUUUUAAAUACUAAAAAUAGCCAUUAAAUGCUAUUUUUUAUUAUUUUCUAUGGUGAGAUAAUUAAAAAUAGCACUUUAAAAGUUAUGAAAAAUUAUGAUUAUUUUUUGAAUAUGUAUGAACUUUUAAUUUAAUUUCAUGUAUUAAACUAAAUUGAUUUCUUUCUAAUUCUACUGUACUUUUUUGCAUUAAUUUGAAAUACAUAAAAUAAAUAAUCUUAGAAAAUAUAAGAAAAACUUAAAUCCUAACUUGAAUUUUUCCUUUUCAAUUUUAUUUUUAUGUAUUGUAUUUAUAUUCCUUAUUUUUUCGAUUUCUUUUUUACUAAACAUUUUUAUAAACCACUUGAUAUGCUAAAUAAAUAAAAAACAAAUACACAAAUAAAUUCCCACGAUUUAUAUGAUAACAAUAUUUGUAGUUCUUAAUUAAAGAUGUAAAAGAAACAAACAAACUAAGAAAAAAAAGAAGAACGUAAGAGGAAAAUGAAAAUAAAAAACUCAUAAGACAGAAAUCAUAAGUUUAUAAAACUUAAAAUUUAAAAAUUUAUUAUAUAUUCGAAAAAACAAAAAAACAAAAUACACAAAAAAUAAAAUAAAAA